AUGGCUACUGAUUCCUACCUGGAUGGCAAAGUCCGUACCUUGCUGACUCGCUCGCUAGUUCUCAAAUGCCUUACCAAGGGUACUUCUGGGAGGAAACGAGAGAAGCGCUUCUUGCGACGGAACUUGCGUGUUGCUACCAGACAACCAUCAGUCCAGUCUAUCAAUCAAUACAUUCGUCACCUCGUUGAUCGUCGAGAACUUUCGUUUGCAAGAUAUCAUUCUCUUCAGCCAAAUACCAACGGGCAGGAUCCCCUUCCAUCAAUCAAAUAUAUCUUCGGCCAAUACCAUAACCACCCAAAUAAAAAUCUCCAAAUGGCUUCAACCAUGACUCAGUCUCCUCAUUCCUCGCUGCCUCACACCAUGCAUCCUUUCUCAAGCACCGGUGCCAGCUCAACCAGCUCAAGCUCGAAGCAGCUCUCGGUCUCCACGCUCAGCCUCGACAUCCAGAGGGCCAUGCAAUCCUCCUCCAGCCAGCCAAAGUAUAUCUCUGCUGGUAACAACGACUUCGAGCACCCACCUCCACCUCCUCCAUCACCAGUCGGCUUUCCCUCCGCCUCAACCAGCUGGAGGUAG